CACGAUUUGUUGACAACCGGCGCUGUUGGAUGUUACACCCCCGACGCUUCCCCUGAAACGAGCGAACUCAUUCAAGGGUUUGUAGCUGGAGGUCCUGUGUAAAACGUUAAAAGAUGUUUUUGACAAGAUCGGAAUAUGACAGAGGUGUGAACACAUUCUCUCCUGAAGGAAGAUUGUUCCAGGUUGAAUAUGCCAUUGAGGCUAUAAAGUUGGGCUCCACAGCCAUUGGUAUCCAGACAUCAGAGGGGGUGUGUCUGGCUGUGGAGAAGAGGAUCACCUCUCCCCUGAUGGAGCCCAACAGCAUUGAGAAGAUCGUGGAGAUUGACAGUCACAUUGGUUGCGCCAUGAGUGGCUUGAUAGCUGAUGCUAAGACUCUAAUUGACAAAGCAAGAGUGGAAACACAGAACCACUGGUUCACUUACAAUGAGACAAUGACAGUGGAGAGUGUGACUCAGGCUGUGUCCAACCUGGCGCUGCAGUUUGGAGAGGAGGAUGCUGAUCCCGGUGCCAUGAGUCGACCAUUUGGCGUAGCACUUCUGUUUGGGGGAGUUGAUGAAAAAGGACCGCAGCUGUACCACAUGGACCCAUCAGGAACCUUUGUGCAGUGUGAUGCUCGGGCCAUCGGCUCAGCGUCUGAGGGAGCACAGAGUUCUCUGCAAGAGGUCUACCACAAGUCCAUGACAUUAAAAGACGCCAUCAAGUCGUCUCUCACCAUUCUGAAGCAGGUGAUGGAGGAGAAGCUCAACGCCACCAAUAUUGAGCUGGCAACAGUAGAGCCUGGAAAGACCUUCCACAUGUAUUCCAAAGAGGAGCUGGAAGAUGUAAUCAAGGAUAUCUAGAGCAGAAAAGACUUGACAGUCUUGGUUUGAGUUCUGGAGAGGAGACGAGAGGACGUGGAGCUACACCUGGGACAAAUGUCACAACACAACCACAGUUUUCCAUCAGCGCAUUCUCCCCCUUGCUGCAUUCAGAAGUUUUUGGAUUGAAUAAGAGGGUUAUCUUUGUAAUGUGCUAAUUUACUUCUCUCUCUCUAUCUGUACUGCUCUGUACAGGAGUCUGACCAGCGCUUACUGCUGAGUGGCACAAAAAAUGUAGGGGU